AUGAAAGACGGCAAGUGUACGAAACGAUAUCCAAGAGAGCUUCUCCGGGAGACCCAUACAGGGCACGACGGGUACCCACUUUACCGCAGAAGAAAGGCGGGAGAUGGUGGAUUUACAGCAAAAGUGACAAUCUUAGGUUGCAACGAAGUGGCAAUUGACAACAAGUGGGUGGUCCCUUAUUGCCCUAUUCUGUCCAAGAUCUUCAAUGCGCACAUUAAUGUUGAGUACUGCAAUACAGUGAAAUCGAUCAAGUACAUAUGUAAAUACGUCAACAAAGGUAGCGAUCAGGCAGUAUUCGGGCUUGAACGGCAAGAAAUGAGGAGGGAUGAGGUUUCAAGGUACGAGAUUGGAAGAUACAUCUGCAGCAGUGAAGUAACAUGGCGUAUUCUCGACUUCCCGAUUCAUCACAGGCAUCCACCAGUGGAGCAUUUGUACGUGCACCUGGAGAAUGGACAACGUGUGUAUUUUACCGAAGACAACGUAAGAGACAGGAUAGCAGAGCCACCUAGAACUACUUUGACAGCAUUCUUCGACCUUUGCCGAGAAGACGACUUUGCCAAAACUCUAUUGUACUGCGAUGUGCCACGAUACUACAGAUGGGACAGAUCCAGUAAGAAAUGGAAACGACGCAUCCAGGGCAUCCACGUGGAAGGACAUCCAGGAAUCAAGUCAUGCGACACUCUUGGUAGAGUGUACACUAUCCACCCAAGCGCAUUUGAAUGCUAUUGCUUGCGCCUUCUCCUUCACAUAGUCAGAGGGCCGACAUCGUAUAAAGAUCUUAGAAUGGUCAAUCAAUUCAAGUGUGCAACUUUCAGAAGAGCUUGCUCGAUAAGGGGUUUGUUGGAGGAUGAAGGUCACUGGAGCGCAACUCUAGAAGAAGCUGCUGUCGGUCACUCUCCCCGCAUACUGAGAAAUCUGUUUGGCACUAUGAUCGUCACCUGUGGGCUGGGAAACCCAAAAAGCCUGUGGGAUAAACACAAAGAGAGCUUAGCGGAAGACAUACUACUUGAGCCAAGGACCUUGCUUCAACCAAGCACUCAUACUGUUGAAGACAUAGUUAUUAGAUUAGGAGGCCACGAGCUUAGAACGUAUGGUCUGCCGACACCUCAGAGAGACCAGCAGGUAUGCAAUUGCAGAGACUUGAUCAGAGAGACCAACUAUGACCAAGACGAGUUUACAACGUACGUAUCAAGCAACGAACCAUUACUGGUGCCAGACCAAGCUGCGGCUUAUCACGUCAUCCUAGACAACAUGCAGCGUGGAUCUGGUGGUAUUAUCUUUCUAGAUGCACCUGGUGGCACAGGUAAGACGUUCCUCCUCAACCUUUUACUUGCUAAGGUGAGGCAACAAAAGAAGAUUGCUAUUGCUGUUGCUUCAUCAGGAAUUGCCGCAACUUUGCUUACCGGAGGCAGGACUGCCCACUCAGCUUUCAAACUUCCGUUAAACUUGUCACAUACGGAGACGCCAACCUGUAACAUCGCUAAGGUACAGGAAUGGCCACAAUACUAA